UCCCUGAUUUGUGGUUCAAUAAUAGAAGGGGUGUUUCAAUUGAGCCAUUCUUUGAUCGUCCAAAUUCCAAUUCAUGUGUUAUGGCAAACUUUGGAACUACCCAGAGAACACCACCCACCACCUCCACAUCUUCAUCUAGUUGUGACACUCAUGAACCAAAAGGACCUCAAGAAAAAUUGUACACUGAUUUCAAAAUUUAUUGGCCCUUUAACAUUCCCUUGACUUCAGAAGCUGCAGCAAUUCGUGUCAUAAAAAACUUGGAGAAUCUUGGCUUAUAUUACAUACUCUUUGUGUGGAUCAUACUCUUCAUAGUCCUCAUUCCUCAUCGUAAGUUGUCCUUAAUUUUGUUGGUUAUAAUGACCUAUGUCUCAGUCCUUUAUUGUUUACUUCUAAGGGCAUACCCCAAUUCUAUUUUUCUUCAUAGAAGAAUGGAUAAAAGGUUUGUAUUUGCUUUGCUAGUGUUUGCAACAGUGGUGCAAAUGAUUUUGACUGAGGCAGGGAUUCAUCUUGCAGUGACUUUAGCUUGUGCUGUGCCUUUAGUUUUGAUGCAUGCAAUUUUAUGGGUUAGUCACAAUGUCUUUAUGAUUGAGGAUGCUUCUGCAGCCAAAGAAUUGGCUCCUCUAAAAGGCCGUAACAAAUGUACAUGUGGAGCUGAGGGUUUAGAGAAUGUUUAAUGUUUAGGAUUUAGGAGUACAUAGUUCACUUCAAGGUUUUAAAUUGCUAAUUGAA